ACCAAGGCGAGGGUUCAAUGGAAUGUUGUCCCUGACAGAAGGUGCAACAUGAAAGGGUAACAAGCACAGCGCCAGGGCGGGCGGCUGCUUUACAUUCAUCUCGUUUCUCCUCGCAUUUAUACCCAUUUUUCUUUUUCGAGGAGGCAUAGUUUUGACUAAUUAGACCACUCGCAAUUGCUUUUCUUAAAAAGGAUCUUCCCAAAGAUAGAGGAGAAUGGCAGCUGUGAAUCAGGAGGAACGUAACAAGAGUUUUGACAGCGUUUGAAUCCCAGAGGUUACACAUACAGACCAGCUUGGGGAAGCAAUGGAGCCGGCAAGGUGCAGCAGCGGCAGCAGCAGCCUCCGAGACUCGUGGUAUCGCAUGGCCGGCCCGAGGAGGCUUCUGCUCGCCGUCUUCUGGAUGUUCGGAGCCCUGGUUUGGCGAUCCCGGGCAGACAGCGCCAUGGAGGAGAUCACCACGGAGAAAGAGGCGGAAGAAAGCCACCGGCAAGACAGCGCGAACCUGCUGCUCUUCAUCCUGCUGCUCACACUCACCAUCCUCACUAUAUGGCUAUUCAAACACCGCCGUUUCCGUUUUAUCCACGAAACUGGCCUGGCGAUGAUCUACGGGCUACUCGUGGGGGUGAUCCUAAGGUACGGCAUCCCAUCCACCAACAGCCACGGCAAGGUUCCUAUUGGCUGUGCACUGCAGGACAGGGCAGUGACCACACUCUUGGUCAACGUCAGUGGGAAGUUCUACGAAUAUUCCCUGAAAGGGGAAGUUAAUUCUGCGCAAAUAAACAACGUGGAACAAGAUGACAUGUUGAGGAAGGUAACCUUUGACCCAGAUGUUUUUUUCAACAUUUUGCUACCUCCAAUCAUAUUCUAUGCAGGAUACAGCCUCAAAAAGAGACACUUCUUCAGGAAUCUUGGCUCAAUCCUGGCUUAUGCAUUUAUUGGAACUGCGGUGUCCUGUUUUGUCAUAGGAAACUUCCUGUAUGGCAUUGUGAAGCUAAUGUAUGCAGUGGGACAGCUUGAAGAUGGAUUCUAUUAUACAGACUGCCUAUUUUUUGGUGCUGUCAUUUCUGCAACUGAUCCCGUGACCGUCCUUGCCAUCUUCAAUGAGCUUCAAGUUGACGUUGACCUUUAUGCUCUGCUGUUUGGAGAGAGUGUGCUGAACGACGCAGUCGCCAUUGUGCUCUCAUCGUCAAUUGUAGCUUACCAGCCGGCAGGAGAGAACAGCCACACUUUUGACGCCGCUGCCUUCUUCAAGUGCGUGGGAGUCUUUCUUGGAAUAUUCAGUGGUUCCUUUGCCAUGGGGGCAGUGACUGGAGUGCUGACCGCUCUGGUCACCAAGUUCACCAAACUGCACUGCUUCCCGCUCCUGGAGACGGCGCUGUUUUUCCUGAUGUCCUGGAGCACCUUCCUGCUGGCAGAAGCCUGUGGCUUCACCGGUGUGGUGGCAGUUCUCUUCUGUGGUAUCACACAGGCUCAUUAUACUUACAACAAUCUGUCGCCAGAAUCAAGAGAUCGAACAAAGCAGUUAUUCGAAGUUCUGAAUUUCCUGGCGGAAAACUUCAUAUUUUCCUACAUGGGUUUGGCGUUAUUCACGUUUCAGAAUCACGUCUUCAACCCCAUCUUCAUUCUGGGGGCUUUUAUCGCUAUCCUGUUGGGCAGAGCCGCAAAUAUUUACCCACUGUCUUUUUUCCUGAACUUGGGCAGAAAGCACAAGAUCGGCUGGAACUUCCAACACAUGAUGAUGAUUGCAGGUUUGAGAGGAGCCAUGGCCUUCGCCCUGGCGAUCCGAGACACCGCGACGUAUGCCAGACAGAUGAUGUUCACCACCACCCUGCUCAUCGUAUUCUUCACCGUUUGGGUCUUUGGCGGAGGCACCACACCAACGUUGUCAUGGCUACGGAUCAGAGUCGGUGAAUCCCCUCCGUCGACUGAGGAUCUGGGUGGCAAUCGCUGGAGCUACUUCAGAGUCGGAGUCGAUCCAGAUCAGGACCCCGCUCCCAGCAACGAGAAUUUCCAAGUGAUUCAAGACGACGUUGCUCACCCUGAAAGGACCAGCACGACAAAGCAGGAAAGCGCAUGGCUCUUCAGACUAUGGUACAGCUUUGACCACAAUUAUCUGAAGCCAAUCCUAACGCACAGUGGCCCCCCGCUCACUGCUACUCUGCCCGGCUGGUGUGGUCCAAUCGCACGAUGCCUGACCAGUCCUCAAGCAUACGAAAAUCAAGAACAGCUCCGAGACGAUGACUCCGAUCUGAUACUUAAUGAUGGUGACCUGAAUUUGACCUACGGAGGGAGUACACUGACUGCUAACGGCUCCUCUGGCUCGGGCACCGCAUCCAACAGUGCAGACGGCAAGAGAACCAAGAGCAUCUCGGAAGAUACACUGGAACAUGAUCUCGGCACGGAAGACCAUGAACUCAUUACUCGAGGCACCAGAUUAGUUUUCCCUUUGGAAGAUCAUGCUUGACAGCAAUAACAUCAGUGAGGCAUAGAACGGCCUAAGAAGGAUCAAAGCCUAUUUUUAUUUUCGGCAUUGAGACUGAACUGGUUUACUUGUGUGAUUUAUUUUUUUCACCCCCACCCCCCCUCCUCCACUUCUCUCUCAAACACCUAUUGGCUCAGCUUUUACAGUGCAAGAAUGUGAACACAUCUAUGCGUGGCAUUUCAUUAAGCUUUAACCAGGGGAUGGCAAUGCCGUGACCCUUCACAGUUGGUGCCAUCGCUGUGCAAUCAGCUCGUCGACUGACUGAUUAGCCUCGACACUGUGAUGCUUCUCAUCAUACCCCAGUCGCCGUGCGUUCACGCUGGUGCAACAAGACCGCACUGAAAUCGGCCGUGUCUCACGAUGCUGACACGUCCCGUCACCAGCACCUUGCACCAGCCACAGUUACUGCUCCACCAACCUUGCAGCCUUCAGGUUCAAAGUAAUAAGGAGUGGGCAUGAAGUGUACCUGCCGCACACACGACUAAUCACAGAGAGAAGUGUCCGUUUUCUCUUCUCUGCCACUAGACACCUGAUUCAGUUCCUAGUGAGCGGAGUUUUGGGCGCAUGUUUCAGUUUGCACUUUUUUUAAACCUCCCUUCCCCCCCCACCCCCACACCCUCUCCUCUCCCCCAGCAACAUAGGCAGUUACUCCAAACACAAGUGUGCGCUUGUGUCGCAGUUCAAGCUGCACUGCAUGUUGGUCCGUCUUCAGGUGACUGACUUUACAGGAGGAACAUCUUCGAGUGGGGAAUAGGAUAUCGUAACCUCAGUGAACUGUUAAAUGGAAUUUCAUCCUUCAAAGAUUGCAAGACAAGAGAGAGGACUAUGAGCUUACUCCUUCCACUGAAGGCACAUUGUUUCCUUGCUUUUGGUUUUGCUGUAGCAGAGCUCACCUGUGUGUUUGCUUCAGGACUGUGUGGCCGCUGUGUGUCCUUCUGUCGAUAUAUUUUCAAUGUCAUGAUGAGAUGUUCACUGUUUUAAUACUGAUAUCUGUUAGCUAACGAUUAUUUUAAACAAAGAAAGCUGCAAAGCUCAUGUUACUUGAUACACAUGGGAGAUGUAGGCUUAGAAAUUAUAUGAAUUUAACUAAAUUCACCAGAUUCUGUUACGAUGUGCCACCAUAAUAAUAACCCCAUUUUUACAGUGUUGCGCUAACCCUGGGACAGAUGACAGAGUAUGUCCGUAUCUCUGAAGAAGGGAUUGGACCUAAUAAUUCACCCAUCCAUAUCUUUCCAGAGAUGCUGCCUGACCCGCUGAGUUACUCCAGCACUUUGUGUAUUUUUUUUCCCCCAUCUCUCCCAGUUCCCUUUCAUCUGCAUAGGGUUGUGAGGUCGAGGAUUUGUAUCUCCUCCUGAUCAUUUCUGAAAAGUGUCGAUUGCUGAUUGUGAGUUGCUGAUAAAUUGGGAUAAUGGAGUGGCAAAGAAAAUUAACAAGUAUGUUCAGAAGUUUUUCUUUAAUGACUGACAUCAGACACGGGGUUAUUUAGACCUUUGUUUCCUUUUCGUAUCGCUUCAAGGAGCCAUAUUCCAAAGCUGUAUUGGAAUCGUGGACCCAUGAAACAAGCAGUUGAAGAAUGGUGAAUGUUUCUCCAGAAUAUGAAUGAAUUACUUUUGGCUAGUUUCUCAUUUCUACCGAAACACAUCAACUAUCCAUAAAGGUGCUGUUGUUACUGAUUCAUUCUCCAGGCAAAAAUGAACGUACAUCUCACCUACUUUUAACCUUGGCAUAGGUCAAACUAACCCAUCUCAGUACAAGGAACUGCAAAUGGUGCUUAAUACACAAAAGGACACAAGGUGUUGGAGUAACUCAACAGCUCAGGCAACAUCUCUGGAGAACAUGGGUAAGUGACGAUAAGGGACCCUUCUUCAGACCGAGUUUCAGACUCGACCAGAAACAUCAACUACCCAUGUUCUCCAGAGAUGCCGCCCAACCUGCUGAGUUACUCCAGCACUUGGCGUCCUUUAAGCCCGUCUCAGUAUUUGUGGAAGUUACGCUGCACAUUGAAUUCUUCAGGGUGAAGAUUUCCAAACUUGCUCUUUGUAUAAACUUAUUUUAUUGGAAGAAGAUAACUUGAGGAAUGUACAUCAUUCUGUUCAGAAUAUCAUGUUAAAUUGAAAUUGGACAUUGCAUGUUGGAGGCAGUUUCUUUUGCCCGUAGACUGGAGGAAUUGAAUGUGUUUAUGCAGCAGACAUAAUGAAAGGAGAAAAAGUGGCAAAUAAUCAGCAGAGUGUGCUUCUGCCCUUUGCAACAGGUUUGUUUAGUUGAUCACUUAGUGGAGUAAGUCAGUGGCAGCUUCUCAGCAAUUUAGUUCAGCAGUUCAUUAAGUGGAAGACAUUGACAUCACCCAAUCAGACCUCCUGAUCUAUUUAUUUUCAUUUGUCUAUUUUGAUGCUAUAUAAAAGUUGGAAGUUGAAUGGAGGGAAAGUUACAUUAAUACUUUUAUUUUGCUCAUGAGACAAGAACAAGAAGUUUUAAAGUCUAUGAUAGUCAAAUAUUGUUUUGAAUUAACGGGACAGAUUUGUUCCUUGAAUUUGUGUUUUCUUUUAUUUGCCAAGGGCUUUCUGGGCCCUGCAUGUUUUCCUUUAAUCAAGGAAGAUUUAUUAUGUAGAGGGAAAAGAGAGUUGUUCUCAAUCAGUUGAUUUAAAUGAACAAAAUAUGGCCCAAAAAUAGGCCCCAAAUCUGUUGCUUUGAUUGUGUAGGGUAUUCCUUAAUGAAAGUGGGAAGGUGUCUAUGAUCUUUCAGCUUAAUGGAAGGACUUGUUAUAGACGUUUCAGUUGAUUUUUAAAGGCUUUAAUUUCACAAGGAGUGCAAGAGUGCCCACACGAAUGUGGUUGAGAAAAUGGGGAAAGAGCUUCAGGGAACAAAAUAGUCAAAGCUGCCAUGGAGCUGAAAAUGAUUGUAUGCAAAGUCAUUAUUCCUGUCAAUACGAGGAACUGCAGAUGCUGGUUUACCAAAAAAGACACAAAGUGCUGAAGUAACUCAGCAGGUUCAGAUGAAGGGUCUUCAUCUAUGGAGGGCUUGGAUAGGUGAUGUUUUGGCUCGGGACCUUUCUUUAAACCUUCAGAGCCUGACAAAGGGGCCCGACCCGAAACGUCACCUAUCCAUGUUCUCCAGAGAUGCUGCCUGACCCCCUGAGUUAAUCCACAUUUUGUGUCUUUUGUUAUUUUUGUCAUUAUGGCUGAGCUGCAGUGUGUUUACAUUGCUUUCCUAGGCAUGGGUUGUCACAAUAAUGUAUAACCUUGAAAGCUGGCUUCACAUAAACAUGGUCCUUGAUAUCUGUGACUGUACUCUCUGUUCCACCAACAUAAUGCACACUGAAAAUGGAGCUGAACCAAGUCAAAAGCAGGGUGGAGCAGUUACCCUUUGGAAACGUGCAUUUGAAGCGAAUGCGGGAACAUGAUCGUAUCAGAUAGCACUGGAGUGUUUUCCAGCCCCUUAAUCAGCCACAUAGGGAGGCAUGGAUAAAGGAAGCUGAUGGAAUGACAACUGUUCACAAAUGUUUUUGACAUUGCAGUUCAGGCUGUAUCUUGUAGUCAUGACAAUGAAGGACAUAGGCAUCUAUUACAUUUGUUUCCAAAAUAAGCGAACCGGAUGCAGAAGUAUUGUGACAGCUUUGGUCAAUAACUUCCAGGAACAUUGAGUUUGUAAAUCAUGAGCAUACUCCAGGCACAUUGAGUGGCUCUUUUUUUUUGUUGCACAAACAAGCUUGCUGAACGUUUUUUUUUUUUUUUUGCUGGUGGUUUGUUUGAAGAUAUUAAUGUUAUUUUGUUAGUCAAAUUGUAAUUCCAGAGCCUAUUUCAUUUUGUGUUUAUUGUUAGAAUUUUGAUUGCUAAUGAUACUUGUUUUCUGGAAUUUACAAUCUAGCCUGUUGUGAAAACAAAAUGGAAAUAUCCACUUUAUCUCAAGAAGUUAAAGAUGUGAAAAGUUGUAUCACUAAUAUACUAAUGUUGUAUUUGUUUGCACUGCAUUAUAAAAUAUUUCUUGGUGUAA